AGGAGAAGCCCCCUCGGGGCUCGUGCGCCUCGUUAAGCCCCGCCCCCUUCCCUCUCCUCCCUGCAGGGGUGGGCGCGCUGAGAAGAUGGCGGCGGCUGCGUGAGGUGGAGGAGGCGACAGGAUGGAGCCGGUCGUUGUCGCUGGCGCCGAAGCCCUUUCCAGGCUCUUGGGAUUUGACUCCUGCUUGGACGGGACUGACUAAGGACUGUGGGGAGGCCUCUCUUCCCCACCCACCCCCCGACUGGGGGAGGCCCAGGCUCCCUCCAGAGCCCGCUUGGUUCCCUCUUUCUCGUCUCCCCGCUUCCUCGUCUUGUCACCCUCGCGACGCUGAACAACGCCUGGUUUCCUUCGGCCGUCCCCAGCAGAGGAAGCUGGGAGUCCAUAAGCCCGUUGUCAUUUUCUAAACUCCAUUCCUCCUGUUCCCAACCUCCAUCCCGUUCUCUUCAGACCCCGUUGUAGGGGCGCCGGUCUUCCUUCGUCCACGCCCCAAACCGGGCUCGGGAUCCCUGUCUUCUUCUUCUAGCAAAGCCCUUUUCUUUUGCCAUCAUGCCUUGGCCCUUUUCCGAGUCCAUCAAGAAAAGGGCCUGCAGGUACCUGCUGCAGAGAUACCUGGGCCACUUCCUUCAGGAGAAGCUCAGCUUGGAACAGCUCACCUUAGAUCUUUAUCAAGGCACUGGGUCCUUGGCACAGGUGCCCCUAGAUAAAUGGAGUCUUAAUGAGAUUCUGGAGUCUGCAGAUGCUCCUCUGGAAGUUACUGAAGGAUUUAUUCAGUCAAUUUCUUUGUCCAUUCCCUGGGGCUCGUUGCUUCAAGAUAACUGUGCACUUGAAGUGAAGGGCUUAGAGAUGGUCUUGAAGCCAAGGCCCCGUCUAGCUUCUGGUUCAGAGCCCAUGUAUUGGUCAAGCUUUAUGACUAGUAGUAUGCAGCUUGCAAAAGAAUGUCUUAGCCAGAAACUAACAGAUGAGCAAGGAGAAGGGUCCCAGCCAUUUGAAGGACUUGAGAAGUUUGCUGAAACGAUUGAAACAGUUUUAAGAAGAGUGAAAGUCAACUUUUUAGAAACUGUUCUGAGAAUUGAACAUGUGCCAGAUAAUUCUAAAAGUGGUACAGCGCUUGAAAUUCGCAUUGAGAAAACAAUAUACUGUGAUGAAACUGCUGAUGAAUGCUCUGGAAUUAAUGUGCAUCAGCCCACAGCUUUUGCUCACAAAUUACUACAGCUCUCAGGUGUUUCUUUCUUCUGGGAUGAAUUUCCAGCAUCGGCAAAAUCCUCUCCAGUGUGUUCAGCUACACAGUUGGUAACAGAACCAAAGCUUUCACCUAGCUGGAACCCAAAAAUUGUAUAUGAGCCACACCCACAAUUAGCAAGAAACCUGCCAGAAGUUUCUCCUUCAGACCCUGUGCAGAUAUGUAGAUUAAUUGGAAGGAUGGAACUGAGUCUUACAUUAAAGCAAAAUGAAGUGCUUCCAGGAGCAAAGUUGGAUGUAGAUGGACAGAUAGAUUCCAUACACCUGUUCCUGUCACCCAGACAGGUACAUCUUCUGUUGGAUAUGUUAGCAGCUAUUGCUGGACCAGAGAAUCCCAAUAGAAUGGAAUUGUCUAAGAAAGACAGGAAAAAUCGACCAAUGCAGCAGGAAGAUGAGUAUCGGAUUCAAAUGGAGCUCAACCGUUACUUAAGGAAAGAAACUUUGCCAACAGGCACACAAUCUGAUCCAAGUUUUUAUGAGACUGAGGCAGCCAGAACUCCUUCAAGUCGUGAAGAAGAAGUUUUCUUUUCAAUGGCAGACAUGGAGAUGUCUCACAGUCUUUCCUCUCUGCCACCUCUUGGAGACCCACCAACUAUGGAUUUAGAUCUUACUUUAUCUAGUACAUAUACUACUACUCCCGCAGGAUCUCCUCUUGGUGCUGCAGUGCAGCAACCAGUGUGGGGAGAUUAUCUUGAUCAAAACAAGCCAGAACCACCACAAGUAAGAGGUUCAUCAUUUACACCCAGUGUAGUUCACCAGACUCCAUUACGAAGGACUUCUCUUCCAUCCAGAUCUGUCUCAGUGGACGAAUCUAGGCCUGAACUUCUUUUUAGGCUAGCAGUGGGUGCUUUCUCAGUCUCCGUGCUUCAUAUUGAUCCUUUACCACCACCUGAAACGUCACUAAAUGCUAGUCCAUUGACACCAAUGGCACAGGAUUUUUUUACCCGGAUAGAAAGGGUUGAUCUGGUUCAGUUUCCAACGGAAGAUUUUCUGUCCCUCCGGGAAGUAUUUGCAAAGGCUUGUUCACAUGACCAUCUUAGAUUCAUAGGUACAGGCAUCAAAGUGUCCUAUGAACAAAGACAGCGAUCGGCUUCCCGUUGUUUGAGUACAGAUUUAUCUAUUGGACAAAUGGAACUUCUGGAAUGUCUUUUUUCUACAGACUCUCAUUCUAAAAUACCUCACUAUACAGAGCUGCUAAUGUUUAACUCUGAAAAACAAGCAAACAUGUUGCACCCUCUUCCGUGCCUUCACCUCCAUUACAAGCACUCGGAUAACAAAGGGCCUCAGGGUAGCCAAGGGAGACUGAGCUCUGUUCCCCAGAAAGCAGAUUUACAAAUCAAGCUGAGCCCAGCAUUUUGUGAAUUGGAUAUCAGCAUUGUGGACAGACUAAAUUCAUUGCUUCAGCCACAAAAGUUAACCACAGUAGAGAUGAUGGCAUCACACAUGUACACCUCAUACAACAAACAUAUUAGCCUGCAUAAGGCGUUUGCUGAAGUUUUUCUGGAUGAUUCACGUACUCCUGCAAAUUGCAAAGUAUCGGUCCAAGUGACUGCGCCAGCUUUGAAGCUUUCAGUUCGCUUCCCAAUACCUGACCUACGAUCAGACCCAGAACGAGGACCUUGGUUUAAGAAAUCACUUCAGAAGGAAAUUCUUCAGUUAGAAUUUGCAGAUAUAGAAUUCAAAACUGAGUUUACAGGAGGCCCAACUCUGGAACAAGUUAAAUUAGAGCUCACUUUUAAAGAACUAACUGGAUCGUUUGAAGAAAGCAAGGAGGAAUCGGCUGUUCAGUUCUUUCAAGUUUCCAGUGGUGUAGUUGGAGAGAUGAUUUCCUCAGACAACUUUGACUGGCCACGGAUUGUACUAAAAAUAAACCCGCUUGCGGUACACUCCAUUCUGGAAAGGAUAGCUCCUGAGGAUGAAGAGGAAAUUGAUGGUCAUUUUCAAGAGGAAGAGGAGGGCGGAUGUCAUUCCCUAAAGGAUGUGUGUGACCUUAGAAGACCAGAGCCAUCUCCCUUUUCCUCACGCAGGGUCAUGUUUGAGAAUGAAGAGAUGGUGAUGCCGGGAGAUGCAAUGGAGAUGACUGAGUUUCAGGAUAAAGCAAUCGGCAACUCUCAUUAUGUGCUGGAACUCAUGUUACCAAAUGUGUAUUUAACGUUACCGAGCAAAAAAUUUUAUGAGAAGCUUUACAAUAGGAUCAGUAAUGACUUAUUAUUGUGGGAACCAACAGCCCCGUCUCCUGUAGAAACAUUUGAAAAUAUUUCUUAUGGUGUUGGACUUUCAGUGGCCAGCCAGCUCAUCAAUACUUUUAGCAAAGACAGUUUUAACCAAUUCAAAUCUACUAUUCACUAUGAUGAUGAGAGUGGCUCUGAGGAAGAAACGUUGCAAUAUUAUUCUACUCUCGAUCCAAACUACUGUUCAAGGAGGAAGAAAAAAAUUGAAUCCCAAAAUAGGAACACACAGAAUUUUCUCUCAGUUCUUUUGAAUAUUAACCAUGGAUUAGUGUCGAUAUUCACAGAUAUAAAGCAGGAUAAUGGGAGUGUAUCUGAAGACAAACAUGGAGAAUUUUGGUUUGAAUUCAGUAGUGGUUCAUUGUUCUGUGUGACAAAGUAUGAAGGCUUUGAAGACAAACAUUAUAUCUGUCUACAUUCUGGUAGUCUCAGCUUAUAUCAUCAAGGUGUAGUGGAAGGGGUUGUGUCUCCAUCUGAAAUAAGGCUACCAAAUGCAACACAUCCUCAUUGGUUAGAACCUACUAUCUAUUUUUCGGAAGAAGAAGGUCUCAAUAAAGCUUCAGAUGGUGUGGGAGUGGACUGCUUAAGCAUGUUGUCUGUUGCAGUUAAGAUACAGUCAAAUAAGUCAGAGACCAAUACAAAGGAGUUUUUAGUUGCUGUUGGGGUAAGAGGAGCCACUCUGCAGCAUAGAGUACUUCCUUCAGGUUUAAGCUGGUAUGAACAGAUUUUGUAUUUUUUGAACAUUUCUGAUGAGCCUGUGUUGGGAUAUAAUCCUCCAGCCUCUAUUACAACAUUUCACGUCCAUCUCUGGAGUUGCGCUCUGAAUUAUAGGCCUCUAUUUUUGCCAACUAGAUCACUCCUUACUGUUGAAACAUUUAGCAUCUCGAGUAGCGUGGCAUUAGAUAAAUCAUCUUCUACUCUCAGAAUAAUCUUGGAUGAAGCUGCUUUGCACUUGUCUGACAAGUGUAAUAUUGUUACAGUGAAUCUCCAAAGAGAUUAUGUUCGAGUUAUGGACAUGGGACUGUUGGAACUGACCAUAAGGGCAGUGAAACUUGGAUCUGAUGUGGAGAGAAGUAAACCACGCUUUGAGCUACAUUGUUCCAGUGAUGUGAUCCACAUUCGAACGUGCUCAGAUUCUUGUGCUGCAUUAAUGAAUCUUAUCCAGUAUAUUGCAAGUUAUGGUGAUUUGAAUCCACCUACUAAGACAGAGACUACGUCUGGAGUGACCAAACAAAAUGCUAAGGCAGAUGUUUCUAGCCGGCCACCUUCCCAAGGGCCAAUCCUUGCUGAAGCUGACCAACAGAUUUUACGGGAUUUAAUGAGUGAUGCAAUGGAAGAGAUUGAAAUCCAGCACCUUACUUCCCCCGCUAAACCACAAGCCAAUGGAAUUUUGGAUGAAAAGACCCAAACACCAGCACCAACUUGCUCAGACCUUUUCCUGUUUCCUGAUGAAAGUGGGAAUCUCUCCCAAGAGCCAAGCCCCACCUAUACAUCAUUCACCCCAAAUAUGAUUAAUGAAGCUAUAGGAGAUGUACCUUCUGAAAAUGAUGACUUCUGUAUUCUUUUUGCACCAAAAGCUGUUGUCUCUGAUAAGGAAGAAGAGCCAGUAGUGAAAACAAUGGUUGAUGAUGCAAUCCUGAUAAAAGAGAACCAUUUCAGCCUUCCAGCAAAAAAGACAGACACAAGCAAAACGCCACUACGUUUUCCUGUCCCAUUGGUGCGUUACGUUGUCAAAGAAAUAUCGCUUAUUUGGCACCUUUAUGGGGGAAAGGACUUUGGGAAUGUGCCACCUACAUCUCCAGCUAAAAGUUACAUUAGUCCUCAGAGCUCUCCUUCUCACACACCAACAAGGCAUGGGCGUAACACAGCCUGUGGGGGGAAAGGAAGGAACCCAGAUUUCUUGAUGGAAAUACAGUUAAGUAAGGUGAAAUUCCAACAUGAGGUAUACCCAUCAGGUGAACCAGAAUGUGAGGUCAACCUGUUGGAGCAACCAGUGUCCCGUCAAGUGUUCAUGGUUCAAGAUCUUGAGAUCAGAGAUCGCUUGGCUACAUCACAGAUGAAUAAAUUUCUUUACCUCUACUGUAGUAAGGAGAUGCCUAGAAAGGCACAUUCUAAUAUGUUGACGGUCAAAGCAUUGCAUGUUCGUCCAGAGUCGGGCAGAUCACCCCAAGAGUGUUGUUUACGAGUAUCAUUAAUGCCACUUCGCCUCAAUAUUGACCAGGAUGCCCUGUUUUUCUUGAAGGAUUUUUUCACUAGCCUGUCUACAGAAGUAGAAAUCCUAAUGACUCCAGAUCCUGAGGUUAAAAAGCCUCCUGGUGCUGAAGUAACCUGUACCUUGCCCAGGCACUACAGUGGUUUCAAGGAGCCCAGCCCGGUCAUUUCUUUCUCAUUACACAAACAAUCGAGCCAGAAUGGAAGUGUGGAUUCUGUGGAUGUGCUCAAUGGUGAUGACCAUAAUUUCGCACAUGAGGAGGCCUCGUUCAGUGAUCAACCAAUCUUUUUCAGAGAAUUUCGAUUCACGUCAGAAGUUCCGAUACGUCUUGAUUACCACGGCAAACAUGUUUCUAUGGAUCAGGGCACAUUAGCUGGGAUUCUAAUUGGUCUUGCUCAGUUAAACUGCUCAGAAUUGAAACUGAAGAGGCUUUGCUAUCGACAUGGGUUGCUAGGUGUGGAUAAGCUGUUCUCCUAUGCCAUCUCGGAAUGGCUUAAUGACAUCAAGAAAAACCAGUUACCAGGUAUUCUAGGAGGAGUUGGGCCAAUGCAUUCAUUAGUUCAAUUAGUGCAGGGCCUUAAAGACUUGGUGUGGUUGCCAAUAGAACAAUACCGAAAAGAUGGCCGUAUUGUAAGAGGCUUUCAGAGAGGAGCAGCUUCUUUUGGGACUUCUACUGCAAUGGCAGCCUUAGAGCUGACAAAUAGAAUGGUUCAGACCAUACAGGCAGCUGCCGAAACAGCUUAUGACAUGGUGUCCCCUGGGCCUAGUUUAAUUGAGACGAAAAAGAUCAAGCGACUUUCUCGCUACCGCCUAGCUCAUCAGCCUGUAGACCUUCGUGAAGGUGUGGCCAAAGCAUACAGUGUUGUAAAGGAGGGGAUUACGGAUACGGCACAUACCAUCUAUGAAACUGCUGCUCGUGAGCAUGAGAACAGAGGAGUAACUGGAGCAGUAGGAGGAGUUCUUCGGCAGAUUCCACCCACCGUGGUGAAGCCCCUCAUAGUUGCAACAGAGGCAACGUCGAAUGUCUUAGGUGGCAUGAGAAACCAGAUCAGGCCUGAUGUGCGACAGGAAGAGUCUCAGAAAUGGCGCCGUGGAGAGGACUGAUAGCUUAAGCAUGUUUGAUGCAGAGAAAUUGGAAUAUGGAAGCAUAAAAUGUGUAUUCUCACGGCAGCUUCAGGUGGGAAGUAUCCUUUUAGUAGGCUCAUCUCAGGAACACAAAAGAUUGGAAAGCAAUUUGAUGUCAAAACCUGAAAUAUUCAAGUUGAAAGCAAGUUUGGUACUUGAGUCAUUGGCAUAGUGCAUGCUACCAACACCUGGUUGUCAGUGCCAAAUGGAGUGGCAUCUUUUCUGCCAAAUCCACGAUAUGCUGGGUUUAAACUGGGUACCAUAUUUCCCUUGGUAUCUAGGUUUUUGUUGGGGAUUUUUCUUUUUGUUUUGAAACAACCGUACUUGCCCUACUUGUGAGUGUACAUCUAUGUUUAAAGGUAUUCCCCAAGCAUGGUCAAAGAAUGUUUUUGGUUUUUUUAACCGAAGGGCUACAUUAGUGCCCUUCUGUAACAGGGUAGAGAUGUCUGACACGAGACAUGGACACUGCAGGAUAUUAAAGUAACUGGGAACUCAAUUAUUUGGCUGGCUGUGAGCAAUUGGCUCUGCUGUGGCACUUAACAACAAGGACAAUCUGUCACAAUACCUGAUGAAAGAAAACGUUUUCAUACAAUUGUUGAAAUUAAUUGUUUUGCCUAAAUGUUGAAUUCCUCCUCUUGUGGAGAUUUGAGCAAUCUGAAUGUUGCAGACAUGUUCUGUUGUGUUGCACUUUAAAGAAUUUAGCCUGUACAUUGCUUUUUUUAAAAUAGUUGUUAAUAAAAUGUAAUGUGCAUUUUAUGCUAAUAUGGUUUUAAAACUUAUGCAAAUUAUUUAAAGGGACAAAACACUACAGGAUCAUCGAUGACAAUAAAAACUAAAUGCAAUGCAUAUUUAAUGCAGUGCUAUUGAUGUCACUGGAGAGCAUUAAAAGGUAUCUAGCGAGUGUUUGGUUUUGCACACACACACACACACACACACUGCUGUUGUACUUUUUGAGGGAAUGUGAUUUCAUGGUUCAGUUUAAAUGCUAUGCAAGUGACAUCCAGCUUUUAUUUUAAGUUUCGUUGCAAGAGAAUUUUAAACAUGUUCAGAUAUCAGAAGAUUUUAAAACUACUUGACAAGUUGCUGUUUCACUCAAUCUUAAUGUUUUAAGUGUGUCCAAAUCCUAACCCGUGUACACUUUUUCAUUAGAAAUCCAGAAUCCAGCUCAGAAAUAAUAGAUCGGAGAACUGAGAGAUACUGAUAUAGAUUCUUGCUCCAAAGGGGGUAAAAGUCUCUGCUCUUCUGUACAGUGGAAACUGCAAUGAACCUUCUUUAGCAGUUUCUUCAUAACAAAAUUACCUCAUUAAUCAUUUGUUAAUGUAGGCAUCCAGCAAGUAAACCAGUUGUUGUCAUUAUAAGCUACUUUGAUAAGCAGUAUAUACUUAUAAUAAAUAAAUUAUAGCCCUCUGGAUGGAGACAGCCAACUUCUGUGUGUGUGUGUGUGUGUGUAAGAAAGAGUGACAGGCAGGCUAUAUUCUGUAUGACUGGUGGAGGCCAGGUGCUGGUCAGGCAAAGAAGAAGCACCAAUAACCUUGGUGUCUAAAAAGUAACACAAUGAUCAGCUGUGUAUUUCUAAGGCAUAAGAGAAAUUGACUCCUUUUGUUUCUAUUAUUUUGUUUCUGGUAUUAGCCAUAUCUGCAUGUUUCUGAUCAUUUGUGCAAGACAAAGUCAUUCUUUCCCCAUCAUUGUUUCCUUUAGGUAACCAUAGCUAACAUUAGGCCCAUGGCCCUAUAUCCAUACCUGCAAAGUCUUCUCCAGCCUUCAUUAGGCACCAUGGCCUCAGAUAGUUUAUCCUAUGUUUAAAACAUUUCCCUUUAACCUUAUAGUGCCUGUCCUUGAUCUAAGGUGGUUGGGGACAUUCAAAAUAAUAUGAAGGCUGCUCCAGGCACUUUGCCAAAAGCAUUUAAUGUGAAUUGAUCAUUUUCUAGUUCACAGCAGGGAUUACUAUAUUUAGACUACAAUAAUGGUUUUGUUUUAUUUUUAAAAGUCUUUGAAAACCAGCGGGCAGGUGUCCUGUUUCAUGUGUACUGAGAGUACUCUUGGCAGUAUUUACAGCCUGAAUAAUAGAAAUAGUAAUUUAGAUGGAUGGCUAUGCCAGUCACAAUUUAAGAGAUUAGGCCCACAGUCUGUAAGAAAAGACAGACUGACCACUUCCUCUGGAAUUCUUCCAUCAAUGGGGAGGUACUAUCAUUGACUUAAAUUGCUCAUCAAUAAUUGUUUCCGAAAUAACGUUUCCCUCAGUAUGUUGCUGUCUUACAAAGGCACAUUGUGAAUGUUAUUUAUUUCAUUUGUUGUUUGUCACUUCCCCUUUAGGGGCUUUAUUUACUAUUUAUUCAGUGGCUGUGUUAACAUUUAACACUAAGCCACGACUUACGUUAACCUUGGGUUGCGGCUUUAACCAUGAAUUACCUUGCAGACAAGCAAGCAAACCACAAGUUUUUCCUAUUUCUGGAUUGUUUCUCUCCUGCCCAUUUUGCCAGCCUCUGGAGGGUUUCAUUUUUAGGCUGCUCUUAGCAUGUACUUCAGGGCAGGCAGCAGCACAACCAAGCCAGGAAUAAAUCAUGGUUGUGUGUUCAGACAUCAUGACAAGCCACGGUUUAAAUAAGCCGUACUUCAUAAACCAACAGCAAGCCAUGGCUUCCAUUUGUGGUUCAUAGCUGAUUAACAAACCAUGAUUCAUUUGUGAGGAUAGACUUGGACAUGACGACAAGCCAGAUCUCAACAAACUACAGCAUGGCUUAGCAUUAUGUGCAAACCAGCCUGGUGAAAUUGGCAAACAAGAAGUUGUAUUGGCACUUCUUUGACUUCUUGUUCUCUAAGGCAGCAAAUAAAGCAAUCCCAUCAGAAAUGUUUUCUCAAUAUCCAGCUAAUAGUGAUAGCCCAUGUUUUCAGUACUGUGGGGAAAAGCUAAAAAAGAAAAGAUGCAUGUAAGUGGCACUGACCCAGUUUGCAUGAUAUAACAACCUACUGUGGCUUAAUUUACUCUCGAGAGCUGUCACGGUGUGCCUGGUGACCACAGGUGCUAUUUUUGCAUGGUGCCCAGCUUGCCCUGUUGUUGUGCCCACCUGGGCAGCAGGGGCUGUUUGAGGGUUAGGCAAGUAACCCACAACUUGUUUUAGGAUUAUUUGAAGGUUGGCUAAUCCUCAAGCAACCUCUGCCACCUGGGUUCACAUAACCCUGCUAGCCAAACAGCACAUGGAUGAAUUAUGCUAUGAUGGGCGGUCAUGAUAUGUGAACAGGGCUACUGACUUCACCUGAGUGCACUGUAUAUUUUUUACUAUACCUCUUAAGCUGGUCUGCUUGAUUACUAGAUGAUGUGAAACAAGAUCAGACACACAAGUACCAGGCUUUAAAAGCAAUUUCUGUACUCUCAAUGUAGAAAGGGCUCCUUUGUGUAUCUCUGCUUCUAGCCAACUGGACUGAAGCCCCCAUUCUGGCCCAGCAUGUAUGACCAGAAGGAAUACUAUAGACAAAUAGAUCAGUCUGCAGUAGUGACCUUGUCAACCUGUUCAGGAGACAGGUCCACCUGCUGGUUAAGGCUUUCGGUUAAGCAGCAGGGUUUAAGGUGUCUUUUGUGAUGUGUUUUACUAAACCCUGCUCACUCACUAAUCACAGUCAGACCGUCUGCAACAGGGUUAGUGGCUCUAACCAUGGCUUAAAGUGUUGUGUGCAACAGCAUGGCUUGUGGUUAGUGCUAAUCCCAGCGAACCACAAUUUCGCUAACCACAGAGCCUGAAGCGCCAUCGGAAUAGGCCCAGUAAGAGGUUAGCAUGUUGAUUGGCUGCCAGAAGCUGACCACUGAUCUAGGUUUGCACACAUAGUUGAACUAUGGGAUUGUAUCCAGAGGAAAAAAGACUGCAAGCAACUCAUGAAUGUUUAGAUCCAAUACAGAUUGUUCAGAGUAAGUAACAGGCAGUCACUAUUGUGUUUUAGUUUCCUGUUCCAGGUCAGAUGCCUGUAUAUGUACUUCAGACAUAAACUGACACAAAGCAUUUUGUUCAUCAACAUGAACUUGAGGAACAUGAAUUUCACUGGAACUUUUAAGAACCUAAUUAUGAAUGCUGUAGUAUGAAUAACUUUAUAAGGUACAAUGUAUUAUGUGAAAGUGUAAAAUAAUAUAUAGAAUUAAACUCAAAAUCUCUUUACAUAGAUCUGUAGGGUGGUACUUUUCACAAUGUGUUCAUAUUGACAGUCUCACACAUUUCUGAUUUUUCUCAAGCCUCAUUUGCACAUAACUGUAGUACCCUGUUGAAAUACUAGUUUAGAAAAGCCUCCAUCCUUCUUCCCAAAAACCAGUUACCACCACACUCCUCUGUCUAUGAGGAAGGCAUUGCAGCAAAUUUCUAUUAAGUAACUCUAGUGUGGAGUAGUAUUGUAGAGCAUAACCCAAAGGUUUCCCGUAAUUUCCUAUAAAAGCCCUUCUCAAAGAGAAAAGCAGAGAAGCCUAUGCAUGCAUGAAGCUUCAUCCAUAUAUCACAGCUAGGUCACAGCCUUGUGGCAUGUUUCUGUAGGCUUUUGUGUUUUGUCUUUAAAAAAUGAUCAAUCUGUAUUUAAGGAUGCACAACAGUACAUCCUUAGUUAAGGUUUGGUGGGAGGAAGGCAUUCUACCAUGAUAAAGGGGUAAUCUGGGGUUUGGUCAUUCUAACAUUCAUAAAAUCAGAAAUGUUUCACCAAUCUUUCUGAAAUUUAAUUGUGCCAGAAAGAAAAGUUGGUUUUACAUAACCUGAAAAUGUCAAGAAGAUUGGUGAAAGAUUGAGGGAAGGAGGGCAGUUUAAUGGACAGCACCAUGUACAUUGAUGGUGCUAUAUAAAUAAUAAUAAUAAUGUAGAAAAACAACUUCGGCCAAAGUGUGUGUUAAAUAAACCUUGGUGAUUUUUUUGUCCACCUUUUGUGAUCAUAUGAAGGCUUACCCAAUUAAAAUCCUGAUGAUUUCCUUUUCCUUUGAUCUCAUAUUAUUUAAAAAAUAAAUUUCCUUUUUUUAAAAAAAUAUAGUGCUAAUGAAUGCCUAUGGAAGCUCAUAACAUGGCACUCAGAAUGGGGAGGGGGAGGAGGUAAUACCUGCCGUCUGGAGUAAAAGCAGAAGCAGCAAGCAGCUAUGAAUUUCUGUGACCUGUAUGUGUACAUGUGGAAAAGCAAUAUUCUCCAUCCUCUCCUCAUGGUUUAUCUGCUUUGGGAGAAUGAAUUUCACUUGCACUUUCUGUCUCCUUAGGAAGGAUGUGGCGUUAAAUCUUGUGAGCCUUAACUCCCAAUUUCCCUGCUUUUUUGUGCUUGGUUGAAAGCUCUAGAGCCUUAAUGUUGUUUUGUAAACCAUAGUUGUUGUUUUAUUUAAUGGUUUAUAAUAGUCCGCAUUUAUAAUUGUGUAGUGAAUUUGUAAGCCAUAAAAAGGACCCUUGAAUUUCCAUAUGUUAUGUCAGCAGCAACUGAUGUAAAAAAAAUAUUGAAAUGGAGUCUUAUCAAGACAACCUGCAAAUGUGAUACUUAUCUUCUUCUUUUUUACUAUGUAAUAUACUUGUAAAAUAAUAGCAAAACACAAUUCAUUUAGCUUGAAAUCCAUAACAUCCUCAGUCUCAUAGCAGUAGAGCAUUGUUUUCAACAGUAAAAACGUGGAUAUGUGCACUCUUAGAUCUUAAUUGUUACAAUAUUGCCUCCUCCAUCACCAGCCUUUUACAGCUUAUGCUUUUGACAGCAAUUUCAACUUGCUGCAAAUGCUGAAUCAUGUUUACAUUUUGUAAUCAAGCUGGCUCACUAAUACAAAUCAUAUCCACUUGUACUGGAUUUCUAUGAAAGGGAAAAGCAAUAUAAGCUAUACAUAGCUUAACGUAGAGGAACUUUUUGUGUACACGUAUAUUUUUUUACAUAUUUGUCAAAGUUCGCUUUUUGUGGUAUCAUUUUGUAUAUAGUUCGCUAGUGCAAAACAAAUAAACACUGUAUAAUAGUAUGAAAACUAGGAGCCACUCUGGAAAAUAAUUGCUGUACUUCAUUUUUCCUUAGAUUGCUUAAAACACUGUCUCCCACUCCCAACACUAACUAUUCUUUGAGCAGAGCAUAUUACCACCAAUCUUGAUGUAUAUUGAAGGGCAAAGGCCUCAUACAAAUGAGGUUCCGUUCAAUACAAUUUGCCCAUGAUUUUGUCAGCUGGUGUCAUUUCCAAAAUAAACAUUCUAAACUGC